ACUGAGUGAAAGCAGAGGGUAAGGAGGCAAAAGUGGAAGAAGAGAGCCGGCUUCUAAGGAGAGGAGAGGGGACCGUCGGAGCCGAUGGGUGAGACGGAGGACGAGCGCACGGCUCAGGCCAGCCAGCUCUUUGAGAACUUCGUCCAGGCCUCCACUUGCAAAGGGACCCUGCAGGCCUUCAGCAUCCUCUGCAGGCAGCUGGACCUGGACCCGCUGGACUACAGCAACUUCUACAGCUCUCUGAAAGCCGCAGUGAGCUCCUGGAAGGUCAAAGUGCUGUGGACCAAACUGGACAAAAGGGCGCAGCAGAAGGUCUACAAGCAGAAUCAAAUCUGCCAAGGCACAAGGUGUCUGAUCAUCGGCGGGGGGCCGUGUGGACUGCGGACGGCCAUAGAGUUGGCCCUGCUGGGCUGCAAGGUGGUGGUGAUCGAAAAGAGAGACACGUUCUCCAGGAACAACGUGCUCCACCUCUGGCCCUUCACCAUCCAUGACCUCAGGGGUCUCGGGGCCAAGAAGUUCUACGGCAAGUUCUGCGCCGGCGCCAUCGACCACAUAAGUAUCCGGCAGCUGCAGCUGAUGCUGCUGAAAGUGAGCCUGAUCCUGGGAGUGGAGAUCCACGUCAAUGUGGAGUUUUCAAAGCUCCUGGAGCCGCCGGAGGAGCAGAGUGAUGACAGCCCUGGGUGGCGAGCAGAGAUCCGGCCAGCCGGCCACCCCGUCUCCGACUUCGACUUUGACGUAAUCAUCGGAGCCGACGGGCGCAGGAGCACUCUGGACGGUUUCUAUCGCAAGGAGUUUCGGGGGAAGCUGGCCAUCGCCAUCACAGCUAACUUUGUUAACAGGAACACAACAGCAGAGGCCAAAGUGGAAGAAAUCAGUGGCGUGGCCUUCAUCUUUAACCAGAAGUUCUUCCUGGAACUGAAGGAGGAGACAGGAAUUGACUUGGAGAACAUUGUUUACUAUAAAGACAACACCCACUACUUUGUGAUGACCGCAAAAAAGCAGAGCCUGCUGGACAAAGGAGUCAUCAUAAACGACUACAUAGAGACGGAGAGGCUUCUGGGUCCGGACAACGUGGACCAGGAGGCGCUGCGCUCUUACGCCCGCGAGGCCGCCGACUUCGGCACGAACUACGAGCUGCCGUCCCUGGACUACGCCAUCAACCACUACGGGCAGCCCGACGUGGCCAUGUUCGACUUCACCAGCAUGUACGCCUCGGAGAACGCCGCCCUGAUACGGGAGAAGCACGGGCGCCAGCUGCUGGUGGCCCUGGUUGGAGACAGUCUGCUGGAGCCCUUCUGGCCGAUGGGAACUGGCUGCGCUCGGGGUUUCCUGGCCGCCUUCGACGCCGCCUGGAUGGUGAGGAGCUGGGCACAGGGGAAGAACCCCCUGGAGAUACUGGCAGAGAGGGAGAGUCUUUACCGUCUGCUGCCUCAGACCACCACCGAGAACAUCAGCAAAAACUUUGAGCAGUACACGAUUGACCCCGCGACCCGCUACCCAAACCUCAACUCCAGCUGUGUGCGCCCACAUCAGGUGCGUCACCUGUUCUUCAAUGGUGAGCACGACUCGAGUCGGAUGGAAAAAGGAGGGCCAGUACGGAGAUCUGUCAACCUAUCCAGAAGAGAGUCGGAGGUGCGUCCGGGGCGGCUGCUGACCUGGUGCCAGAAGCAAACCCAGGGAUACCGCGGCGUGCAGGUCACCAACCUCACGUCCUCCUGGAGGGACGGCCGGGCCCUCUGCGCUCUCAUCCACCGCCAGAGGCCCGAGCUCAUCGACUUUGACUCUCUGAAUGAGGAGGAGGUGGCGGGGAACAACCAGCUGGCGUUCGACGUGGCUGAGCGGGAGUUCGGCAUCCAGCCGGUGACGACGGGGAAAGAGAUGGCUGCACAAGCAGAACCGGACAAGCUCCUCAUGGUGCUCUACCUGUCCAAGUUCUACGAGGCCUUCAGGAACUCGCCGGGAAACAACGUUUCCAAUGAAGCAGACGAGAACGGUGAGGAACAUCCAUCCAGAACCAACCACAAACCGCAGAACCAGCCCCGGAAAAGGAUACCCAGGGAUGAGAAGAAACUGGAAGAUGAUUUUGUCAACAAGAGACGGCGGAAAGGCAGCAGCUACCUCUCAGAGUUGUCCUGCCACAGUGCGCCCCCUGUUGGCGAAGACGGGGAGCUGCGGGAGAACAAGGUCCGCUCCAUGGCCACGCAGCUGCUGGCCAAGUUUGAGGAAAACUCCUCGACAGUGAAAGCCCGCCCCAAGCAGUCUGACAACCCCUCCAGUCCUUCCUUUUCACCUUCUAUGAGGAGGAAGAGGAAGAGAGGGAAAACCCCCGUUUUGCCAAACCCAAAGACCCCCCCUCUCUUCCUCGUCCGCCUCUUCCUCGCCCCAAAUGGCAGCCGUCUGUCUACCUUCGGCUGCUGGGAAACUCCACUGGCCUUUUCCAGCAGCCCCAAUUCCCCCUUCCGCCCCCCGUCGCCCCCCCAACCCUUAAGUUCCCAUCUCUGUCUGAGCCCCAGUGUGUCUGAACCCCUCCGACCAGAGCUCCCCUCCCCCGCCCCCGACCAGUCCUCUGAGAAGUCAGAGGAGAUUAGGCCUCAGAGUAAAAGCCAGAAGUUGUCCACUCGAGAGUUUUGCAGGAAGAGUAUAAAGGAGAGAGCUGUGCUCAUCUCCUCCAUGUUUCACGGUUCCAGCAAAGCACCCGCUCCUCCCUCUUUGUCGCAGGUGGAACUGUCUCCCUCUCCUACUCCUCCCUCCUCACCAACCCCUCCAUCUGCUCCUUCCUCUGCAUCUAAAACCUCUGUGGUCCACCCUGCUUUCCCCUCUGCUGCCCUCCACUCUCCUGAGGAUGAGAGCAGGCCACAGACUCCCUCUCCCACUUCCCUAUUGAACCACAACGCUGACCAAUCAGAGCAACCGUCCUCCUUAUGUACCACUUCCUCACCUCGUGUUGAGAGUCUGAAGUUCUCCAGUAGCUGUGAUCUGGACAGGAUAGAUGGAAAUUCCUGGAGAAAUGUGGAAACUGGGAAGGAGGGGGUCCACAAAACUGCCCGGGGGACAUUUAAUGGUGGACAAUUAGUUAAGAACGAUCACAUGAAGAGUAAUGGGAGCAGUGAAGUUGAAAAUCCAAGAAGAAAUGCCCCAACACCCGUUUCCCGGUCUGAGAGUUGCCCCACCGGAGCUCCCAGUUACAGUAAAGAGCGCACCGUGGGAAAGGUGUCGUCGGCCAUCGACACCAAAGCGCAGUUACUGGCCAUCCUCUAUGAGACAGACCACCGGCCCAGUGCGGCGCCGUGUGUGGUGCGCAGAGACCUGCCCCCCGGGCUGGGCGGCAGCGACAUCUGCCACUUCUGCAGCCGGCGGGUCUACGUGAUGGAGAGGCUGAGCGCCGAGGGCUUCUUCUUCCACCGGGAGUGCUUCCGCUGCCACGUGUGCAGCUGCACCCUGCGCCUGGGAGGACACGCCUUUGACUCACAGGAGGCUAAAUUCUACUGUAAGAUUCAUUACGCCCAACACCAAAACGGCUCCCACCUGCUCAGGUUCAGAAGGAGACUGGAGGAGCAGAGCCGCGUGGAGCUGGAAGGCGGGAGCAUCCCAAUCCAGCCCGCAGGAGGCCUCCCCACCUCUGCGCCCCUCUCCAGAUCUCUCUCAUAUGGGCUGUCCAGCCUUCGGCCUGAGCAGCCGGACAAAGGUCAGAACGGAGAUCUGGAGGAUGCAGAGAUGGGGGUUGAUGCUCUGGAUGCUCCCUGCUUAGUCGGACCAACGAAAGAAGAGGACGCUGUGAGCAACGGCCAAAGCAGAACCAAAGGUCAAAGCAACACAAAAAACAAAAAUCGCUGGAAUCGGAAGAUCCGGGCAACCUUCCCUCUCAUCUUCCUCAAGCACUUUAAGAAGCGUGCGCCACAGGACCGAGACGUCCCCGUGGACAACUCUGACUUUGAGGAAAUAUCUUCCACUGGAGCACAGUCUGACUCCAAAGGCAGCCAGCAAACAUCAACAGACACCCACAAUCCUUCAGGAGGAAGUGAGAACCCUCCAGACUUUGAGGUACAAACAGAAGCCGACGAGCUUCGCCCGAGCCAGAACGGAGCCGCAUCCCAGAGCCAAACCUCAGCCCUCCAGGCCCUGGCCAACGCCUUCAGGAGGACUUUUAACGGGGGCGGCCCCCCCAGCGGCUCCAGCACCGCCGUGAUAAUGAGGCCCAAAGCCGGCGGCCCCCGCAAACGGAGGCCCGCGUCCGAGGGGGCCUUCAGCCUGAGCUCGCUCUUCGGCGCCAUGGCAACGGAGACGGCGGAUCCCACCGGGGAGGAGCGGAGGGCCAGCAUGAGGGACGUCCAGUGGGCGUCCGUGGACGCCGACCCGUGGGGGGGGGGGCGAGACCUGCCCUCCCUGCUGCAGCAGGUGUCCCUGAAGAGCCGGAGGGAGUCUGCGGGCGUGGUCCCCGGGGGGGGCGGGGGGGGGCCGCUGGCCCGCAGGAGGGUGGACCUGUUCUCAUCCCUGAAGGUGAGGAAGAGGAGGCCGUCGGACAGCGAGGGGAAGGACGCCGGAACAAUCCUGCCCGGUCUGCACAGCAAAGGCUCCAGUCAGCAGAAUCUGGAGGAGAUGUCCUCAAGCGGGGAUGAAAACGAGAACCGGACACCCAAUCCCAAGCUGGAGUCGGGUGGUCUGAAGGAGAAGCGGGAAAAGCUGGAGCCCCAGCAGGCCAAACGGGAACAGCUGAAGAGGCUGCACAGGGCUCAGGCGGUCCAGAGACAACUGGAGGAAGUCGGAGAGAAACAGCGCGAUAUAGAGGAGAGGGGCGUGGCCAUCGAGAAGAUCCUGCGAGGAGAAGCAGACUCCCCCCCACUGGAGGACGGGGACGAGGCCCAGCUCUACCAGUCCUGGUUCAAACUGGUCCUGGAGAAGAACCGACUGGCGCGCUACGAAUCUGAACUCAUGAUUUUUGCCCAGGAGCUACAGCUGGAGGACACCCAGAGGCGUCUGCAGCAGGACCUGCGGCGGCGAAUGGCAGAGGAGGAUACCAACAAGAGCGCCUCGGAGCUGCAGCAGGAGCAGGAGAUCCUGGCGGAGAUGCUGAGGACGGUGGAGAAGCGGGACAUGCUGGUGUCCAUCCUGGAGGAGCAGCGUCUGCGGGAGCGGGCCGAGGACAAGGACCUGGAGAGCCUGGUGCUGUCCAAGGGCUACGACUUCCACUGGGCCCCGGGGAACGAGGGCUGGGGGGGGGGAGGAGCCGGCCCCAGACCCUCAGAUCCACUCUGGUGAACGGGCUGUUAUCGGAGUUCAAUUCAGUUCUUUUUAG